CGUUGUGGAGGGGAUUGGGGAGGGCAGCAGUUCAUAUACAGAAGUAGUUGCGGGUGAUGUGCUAACGGCGUCUUUUGCUCUUGCGGAGGGUGCGAGGAGAGUGGCCGUAGAGGCGCCCUCAGUCGAGUCCACAUCAAUUGAUAGUUCUAAGGCACCUGACACAUCGCUACAGGACUCAGGAUUCAUGGAGGACACCUCCGCGCGAGGUCCUACAGAUGGCCGCAGGAAUCUCGAGAUGGCUAAAGGCGAGCAGCAAAACCAAAAUAGUGGGGACCCGCCUGCAGAAAACAAUAUGCAAAUCAUGGAUGCAAAAAGUACAUCGAAGGAGCUCGCUGCCAUGAGAGCAGAUCUUUUGCGCGAGAUGGAGGAGCGGCGGUCUCAAUUGAUGUUGGAGUUUGGCGAGAAAACGGAGAAGGAGCGCGCUGAGUUCGAGGCUGCAGCGGCGCGGCGCCGCGAGGAACUCCAGGAAGCGGUAGAGAGAACACGACGGCAGCUGGAGAUAGACGCGGAGACGCGGCGCAGUCAACUAGAAACGAUGGAAAAGGCGCGCCUGGAUGAAGUCCAGGCUUCACUGCUUCAAGAAGCGCUAAACGCGAAGGAGAGCGUCGCGGAGUUGACGCGAGCCGCAGCUCGCCUUCAAGAAGAACGCGCCUUGCUGGCUGAGACACAAAACAGCAAAACAGUAAAAGACGUCAAUGCUGGAACUACAACUCAAGCAACGAAGACGACCUCUGCGCAUCCAUCAUCGGUUGUAGGAGCAGAUGCAGCUCCUGUAGAGCGAAGAACCGACUCCAGGGAAAUUAGGUUCCAGGAACCCGAUGCAAGAAGGUCCAGGAGUCUAGAAGAACCUCUCGGAAGGGGGCCCCAUAAAAGUAGACAGUUGGCGUUCAAACACGCAGCGGAAGGACCAGAGGAACUAGCACCACUGGUUGACGAGAAUGCCGCGAAUCGUGCGCGGCGUGCCGAGGAGACGAAACGGCUGGAACAUGAGGUGGCACGCCUUCGAGAGGACAUGACUCGGGAUGCGGAGGCUCUGCAGCAGGAAUUCAAGGAGCAAUGGAACACGCGGCUCUCACGCGCUCGCGAGGUGGAAAUAGAUCCUAGUGUUGACCCGUCCAGCACGGCACACCAAGCUUCUUCAAGUAGCACAAAGAAGUCGGGUUCCUCUCGACAGAAUGCGGGAACUAAAGACGGCGCAAGUCGAACAGUCACCGAUGAUGAUUCCAACAUUGAUAAGAACCAACCUCGCACCGCUGAAAGCUCUAACAACAGCGAGUCUCAGGGCCGCGAAGGUCGUGCUAACGAAGCCGCGGAUGAAGGACAAUCUGGCUCACAGAAGAAGAGCACGAAACGGCCACAGAGCAUGAAAGUUCUAGAGUCUAAGUAUGACCAGCUGCAGAAGCAAGUGUCGAGGCUGUUGGGCGAGGAGCGAGAAGUUGAAAAUCCAGUGCCCGAGCUGCAACUUCGUGAUCUGAAAAGUAGCGACAAAGUCAAGCAUAAAGAGCAGCGCGCGACUACCCGAUCGCGGCAUCACGAAGCUGCAGAGCGGUUUCAGCAACGAGAAACUGCGGUAGCCCGAGAAGCAGCACCGAAGCCCGUUUCACUGGUAGCUGGCGGAAGUAAAGAGCCCAACGCAAGUCGCGCCACGGCUCCAGAGGGUUCACGCGUACGUCGAACAACAACAGGUGCACCUACGGGAGGACGCAAUGUGGCUGGCAGAAAGCGUUCGCGAGAAACAAGCGCUGGUCCUGCAUCGCAAUCUAGGAACGGCUCCAACAGUUUACCAAAGUUAGGCCGGGAUGACAAUUUCAUUGACCUCGUCUCUGAUUCGCCCGAUCGUGGAUAUAGCCGCAAUACAACUGCCUUCAGCGGUGCUUCUUCGAUUCAAAAGACAUCCAAGUCUACCAUUCAGAACAAGAAAAGUGUAAGUUUGGCCGAUGCUAAGCUACACACGUCGACCAGAACAACCAGAAAAAUGACGCGCACAACCCCCCAGGUGGAUGUUUCGAAAGUGGGAUCAAGAUUGGGUAACCGCAAUCCAAGUUGGGUUGCCGGUCAAAAUGUUUUUGCAGCACAGGAUUUGGGUGAGCCAGCCCUUCCUGGGACCUUUCCCGUCGAAGAGUCAAAUCAAGCGCUUUCAACUCCUGCAAAUAACGCGCUCACUUUCUCGGGCGGAGAUGACGUCAACACGGGCCUUGGCCAGUCUUUGCCGUCGGAGGUCGCACGUUCUACGUUUCAGGGGGCACCGUCUAACGAGAGUCACAAUCGUUAUGUUCGGUCUGACGUUUCCAGGCUCCAGGAGCGCGGCGAUGGGUUCGCAAACAACUAUCCGCGGAGCCGAAGUCACAGUGUGGCUCCGGGGGGUUCAAAAUCCUCCACCGCAGGCAUGCCGGAGCAGAUAGCAGAGGAAAUUGAUGAAGCGACCGGGGUCGCAAAUCGAAGUUCGCCAGCGGCGCAGGCGCCAGCAUUACAGGGACCAAUGAUACCUGGCAUGCAUCCGGAUAAUGCCAUGAUGUCGCGACAGUCUGGCGCUGUCAGCUACAUUAGUUCGAAGGGGAGCACGGCAGGCACGACAAGUGUACGUACUGCGGCGUGGAGCCGUGUGGGACCGGCAGACGGCGGGACCUCUUCGAUGGAUCUGCGUACUCAUCCUGGCUCGCCCACGUCGCCUAGUGCGAUGGUCGCUUCUCCUGCUUCUCCACCUGGACAAGGGCCUUCAGCGACCACUGUCAUCCGCGGUGGCGCAGUGGCAACGGAGCUCACGCUGCGCGACGCGCACCGGAUGGGGAGAAUGGUCAAAAGUUGGAAGCGCGAGGUCUUGGCUGUUCUGGACGACGUCGCGGACGAAGAGGACUUGGCAAUGGACUUGUUGCGUGCGCGGUCACGGUCCCCUUCGCCUCCGUUUUCACGCGUCGGAUCCUCGUCCCAACGUUCCCCAUUGCGUGCCUUGAUGGCGGGUUCUGCUCGGAAUGCUACGCCGAAUGCGGACGGGUCCCUCGUAGAGGACAACUACAUGAACAAUGAAUAUGACAGCUACUUCCGACGUGGACUGACCGCUUACGACGAUGACUACAAGCGGCGGGAAAGUUCGCAGUCGCCUUGGCGGCCUAAGACUACGCCAAGCAAGGCUUCUCCCGCGAAUGUGCGGUAUGACCUGGAUUUGCGUAGUGACAAGGACGAACAAAGCUCGCCAGCGUCGCCUCCGGCAUCCCGAAAUAGUCGCGGUCGCAACCCGGUGCUGGAAACAAUAGAGCGGCGGCGUGAGGCUUGGAUCGAGCGUGCUGAGGUGGCGCAGUUGCGAGAGCAGCUCUUCGUCGAGCUCGAGGACAUCGAGGUGCAGCGCGAGAAAGCCCUGGAGGAACUUCGUGGGCACGAGCAACGCCACUUAGCUCAGAUCGCUUCGCGGCAGGAAGCCCUUGAAAAGCAGUUGCGGGAGAGGCACCGCCUCGAGCAGCGCGAUCGACGUCGCGAGGAAAAGAAACGCAGUGCGCGACGAGCUGCGCGCAAAAACAAGGAGGACGCGAAACCUACGAGGGAGGAGUUCGAGGAGGACAUCGUGAAAAAGCUUCUGUCGUCAUCCGCGGAUGUCGUCGCUCCACCAGCUGGUUGGACUACAGAAGAAACUAAGACCUUCACGGCCUUUCCUGAGACGAAACAGCCUACGCCUUCAGCUGGAAAUGGAGACAAGAAAACUACGACUAGGACUAGUUCAACGAGUUCCACCGAGGACGAUCUCUUAUCUGAUUGGAGCGAUGAAGAAGAGCAUUCUAAGGACAACGGCAAUUCGCCUUCACUGAAGCAAUUGCGACGCGAAGAAGAGGUGCGGUGGCAGGCGGAAGCCCGAGCGGAGUUGAACAUGAUGCAGCAGAGGUUGCAGCAAGAGAUCCAGGUCAAGAAGGCGAAGCUUGAGAGUGAUUUUCGAAGGAUGAAAGCGGAAAGUCGUCUGCAGCGAGAUGUGAAGCGUGGGCGUGCGGAGUUGAAUGCCGCGGAGCGUGAUCUUGAGCAGGGGCGCGGAAAAUUGAAGGAGGUGAAAGACGAAAAGCUGCGAGCGCUGCAGCAGCAGCUGGCAGAACAACGGGAACUGAUAGAGGAGGAACGCAGGAGGCAAGAACAGGAAGACCGGAAUAGCUCUCGAGACUCCUCGCGUUCGUCAGACACCCCAAGUGCAGGUCGCAGACGUCGAGGAAACGCCGAAGGAAGUGUUGCGCAACGCAUAGAGGCAGGAGCAACAUCGGAGAGUAGCAGCCACGUCGGCCGACGCGCUGGCAGUAAAAGUCGGGAUAAUAGCCACGAUUCCGUUGAAGGACGAGGUGGUAAGGCGAGCAAAGGCAGCCUCGCGAGUUCUGGUGGAGGUAACGUCAAGCAUUACCUUUCACAGACGCAGGCCAGCAAGGGGAAACGAAUAUCCUACAUGGCGAUGCAUCCAGAACGAUAUGGCGAGCUCAGUCCGGCGGUCCGGAAUCCGCUGAAUGCACCGGUGCGUGCAGCGUCGCCCACUUACGCAGUGCGGGGCCAAUCUCGAGAGCGCAAAAGCAUGCUGUCGGCGGGAGGGGUGGCAUCAGGCGGUUACCAACCUUCAUCCCGAGGCGCGGUAACGUCGAAGAUUCAACAGUCACGCAGCCCCUCCGAGUCGCGGUCAGUGAGCAAGCAAAGGAGCAUAACAGGAGCUUCUUCGAGAGGUAACAGCAAGGAAACGGCAAGCAGCCGCGGUGGAAGCCUAUAUCGGACACUCUCACAAAAACCAAAGAAGUUCGAGAUUGCGGCUCGAUUGCCUCUCAGUCGUGGUCACGAUUCCUUGGCAUCCGGUAAGAAAAGGCUCCUACAAUAUUGAACCACGGAGGAGCAACCACUUACUUGAUGACUAUUAAACAAAGAAUGUGUACAAAAUUUGUUACUUAUGCACCGAAGUACGGAGUCUUGACACUUAGAGAACUUUUUUGGCGAUCUGUCUUUAAUCCUUACCAUUGGAACAUUUGCAUUUUUUUUCAGUUUCGGGAGCAAGGAAAAACUGUGCAUAAAAAAAUACGAUUUCGUUUUACAGCACGUACUUGUGAUCAUGCAGAAAAGUAU